AGAAACUUCAAAAAUUUCAAUGGCCGACGUCUCGUCGCCUCAACAAAACAUUUGAGCACGUUGAACUUACAUAAUUGUUUUAUUAGAAGCCAUUGAGCUGCAUGCUACCGGUUUAUAUAACGUAAACCCCAAAAACAACUCCAAAAUGUCAACAGUCGUGUCUGACUGCUUUACUAUCGGCAGUAUAGUAGCAACGCGAACAUGUUACAACCAAGAAAUAGAAGGAGAAGUUUUGGCCUUCGAUCCUCAAACGAAGAUGUUGAUAUUGAAAUGUCCAUCAUCCAGCGGUAAUCCUAAACGCCAUGAUGUGAAUAUUGUUAAUUUAUCGUUAGUCAGUGACGUCCAAAUCAAGAAAGAAGUGACCGCCGUGCCGGAAGCUCCCCAGACCCUUAAUUUAAACAGACUUAACACUAGAGUACGAAAUUCUAUUGAGAAUAAGAGAAGACUAGUAUCAGCACUAUCAGCAUGCCUAGACCCCGAGGGUCAGCGUCUUUUCCUGGCCAUCGCGCGGGUGAUUGACGACGUGUCGUGGGCCGGCCAAAACAUCCGCGUCUACAACGAAGUCACCAUCUCACCUCCUUACAAGGUAGAGAACGUGGUGGGCGAGCCGGAAUCGAAGCCCUACAACUACAUCCGCAAGUUCGUGGAGCGCCACUGGAGCGACCGCGAGCACCCGCCCACCGCGCCCGCGCCGCAAUAGUACCCCGCACCCACAAACCUGUCAAAAUGUCUAAACGUUCGGUAAUGACUGUUUAAAAAAAAAUUGAAAAUCUGAUUCUCACAGGUCCUGAUCUUUUUGGGUUCUUCCAGCACAAAAUCAUUAGCAUAGAAUAAAUUUAAAAGUAAAAAAAUACUGUCGGGUGAGAAGUGUAACGCUCUUAUGGUAGAUGUCGCUUGAUGGUCACUUAAACCCAUACCCACCCAUGGUGGAAGGAUUCGCUGGCGAUGGAUGAGGUCUUGGUGGCUCAGUUGGCAGAGCGCUGGAGUAUCGAUCCAGAGGCCGUGAGUUCAAGUCUCACCCAAGGCAGUAAUUUUUCUACUUUGAAAUUUAUUCUAAGCUAAAUAGCAUCAAUCGCAGACGUUUCUGCUUGAU